AUGGAUAGAGCUCGCCGCACAACAUCGCGCCGCUCAUCCAGGUCAAGAUCAAGACCGAACAGCCCUCCACUACACCGCUUACUCUCCAACCACCAUCCGGACGACCAUUCGGUCUACCACCACGAAGACGGCGAAGGCGUGCAUGUCAGGAACGACGCGUCGUCACUCCACAGAACCGAGACCCAGCGACGAGAUGUAGAACGCUCGUCUGACAGCAGUGCAAACAGUGCACACAGUGCAAGCAGUACAAAAGAGAAGGAAAAUCAUGACGAGACCGAGCAUGAGGAAGAGACGACGUACGAGGAGAUCCGUGGCGGUAUUCCGUACGAGCACGAUGUUGAAGCCGGGAAACCCGAGCUAGAGAAGAAGAAGAGCAACCGCAGUGUCAAGGAUCCGAAUCUGGUGACCUGGGAUGCACCCGAUGAUCCCGCAAACCCCAAGAACUGGUCCAUGAAGCGCAAGUGGGCGGCCACGCUCAUCGUGUCAUGCUUCACGCUCGUCUCGCCAAUCUCGUCGUCCAUGAUCGCGCCGGCCCUGACGUCCAUAAGUGCGGAAUUUGGCAUCACGAAUGAAGUUGAGGCUCAGCUGACACUCAGCAUCUUCGUGCUUGCGUACGCUAUCGGUCCGCUAUUCUUAGGCCCGCUAUCUGAGAUCUACGGCCGCGUUAUUGUUCUGCAGUUGUCUAAUCUAUUCUACCUGGCGUGGAACUUGGGGUGCGGGUUUGCGCAGACAUCGGGGCAGCUUAUGGCGUUCCGCUUCCUGAGUGGUUUGGGAGGUUCAGCGCCGCUGGCCAUUGGUGGUGGUGUCCUCAGUGACUGCUUCCACGCCGAGCAGCGUGGCAAGGCCAUCUCCAUCUACUCGCUCGCGCCUCUGCUUGGUCCAGCGAUUGGUCCCAUUGCCGGCGGCUUCAUCAGCCAAAACACGACCUGGCGCUGGUGCUUCUACGCAACAACGAUUUUCACCGCCAUCGUGCAGUGUUUCGGCGUCUUCUUCCUCCAAGAAACCUACGCGCCUAAACUCCUCGCUUGGAAGCGCGACAAGCUGAUCAAAGAGACCGGUAACACGGCCCUACACACAGAAUUCGACAGCCCAGACCGCACUCUCGCUACCACAUUGAAAAUUGCAAUGCAACGCCCCUUCAUCCUGCUCGGCACCCAACCCAUCUUGCAGGUCCUCGCGUGCUACAUGGCGUAUCUGUAUGGGCUGAUGUACCUGAUGCUGUCGACCUUCCCGCGCCUCUGGACGGGUACAUACCACAUGAGCACGGGGAUCGCCUCGUUGAACUUCAUCUCCAUGGGCGUGGGGUUCUUCCUGGGCACACAGAUCACGGCGCCGCUGAACGACAUGCUUUAUCGUCGGCUGAAGCGCGGCAACAAUGGUGUCGGCAGGCCCGAGUUCCGAGUUCCUAUCAUGGUGCCUGCGUCGCUACUGGUCCCCGCGGGACUAUUUUGGUACGGGUGGAGUGCACAGGCGGGCGUGCACUGGAUUUUGCCAAACAUUGGUGCAGCGCUGUUCUGCGGUGGAGUAAUUAUCGGGUUUCAGUGCAUUCAAACGUAUCUUGUGGAUAGCUAUACGCGGUACGCUGCCAGCGCCAUUGCGGCUGCUACGGUAUUGAGGUCGCUCGCUGGGUUUGGAUUCCCGCUGUUUGCGCCGGCGAUGUAUAAUGCCUUGGACUACGGAUGGGGAAAUAGCUUGUUAGCUUUCAUUGCAUUGGGUCUCGGUGUACCGGCCCCACUGCUGUUGUGGACGUUUGGAGAGGGCUUGAGGGCGAAGAGUCAGUUCGCUGCUGGGUAA